AUGAGCGUGAACAGCAAUCACAACAGCAAUCACAUGGCACACCACGCUAAUCAAUGGCGUACAUCUUCGAAUCAGCAGCAGCCACAACAACCACAGCAAUCACAGCAAACACGAAAGCCAUACUCCCUCCCUGGUCUAAUCCGCAAGAAGAAAUUCAUUGAAAACUCGUAUCCUGGCAUAUCUCUCCCCCCUCAAAUCUCCCAGAAUCCUAAAUCUCCAAUCGCUAACUACGUUUCUCUCAAGUGGGGCUAUCAGCCAUCCUACCAGACUGUAAAGUGUCUUAUCGAAGGCCAACAGAGGUAUAGGUCAUUCGUUCUGGCUGAUCAAUUGCCUGAUAGGAAUGUUGAAGGCUGCGGUGAUGACGUUGUUGCUAAGACUUCUGAGCAGCUCGCUGCUUUGGACGCUCUCUAUCAGCUUCAAGCGUUGGGUCUACUUGAGAAGCCAGAGACUCAAGUUCAGCCUCAGUCUCAACCCCAAGCAAAACAAUUCCAUCACUUCUUAUCUGACGGCGCCACUGGUUUGGAUUUCGAGCUCUCAAAGAGAUUUAUCGACUUCUACUGCCAGAAGUUCAAUAUGCGUCACUUUGCAGACGCCUAUCAAAAGUACUCUUCUAGCACAAAAAGUAAGAAGAAGCACUCCGAUGGCUGGGAAUGUGUUAUCGUCAUUGCCAAUCUUUCCAUGGGCAGCGCAAAGCACUCCAAUAAGAGGCAGGCUACGCAACUAGCCUAUAUUGAUGCUACAAAGUAUCUCGAAAAGUGCGACAAUGGUUUGUGGCUCGAAUUUGAACAAUCCAUUAAGGGUGAAAAGGCCGAUAAGGCUGAGAAGGCUGCUAUGGAAGCACACAAAGGUGCAACCUUAUCCUACCAAGCUUCCAAUAAGGUACAAGAAAUACUCAACAACAUCAUCGACGAUACAAAAUCUUCGAAAUUGUACUCAAAACGUCCAUAUAAUGAUGAAGACGAUGAUAUCACUACCCGUCCAUCCACACCAACAUCUCUCACUAACCCUGCUUCCAAGAAACAAUUCAAACCACGUAGAGCUCCUGCUAAACGUCACUUGGAGAAUAAAUCUCUCUCAAUGUCCAAGGACCUUGAGUUCUACAAUACAAACCAGCAAUUCGAAAAGAUUCGCCAGCAGAGAGCUUCACUGCCUAUCUUCACUCAAGCAGAGGAGGUUGUGAAAAGCGUUAAUGAAAACAUGAUUACUGUACUCAUGGCCGCCACUGGUUCAGGCAAGACUACUCAGAUGCCCCAGCUCCUCCUCGACGACGCUAUCCAGCAUGGUAGAGGUGGCAAGUGUAACAUUCUCUGCACCCAGCCAAGACGUAUUGCUGCCAUCUCUGUUGCUCAAAGAGUCGCUGCUGAGCGUGGUGAGAAGCUCGGCAAAAGAGUUGGCUACCAGGUGCGUUUUGAAUCAAAGAAAGCUGAACCUCAUGGUUCCAUCAAUUUUUGCACCACUGGUGUCUUCCUCAGACGUAUGCAGUCCGCUCUAGAAGAGAGUGAGAGUGUUGAUUCUAAUGCUGAAGGAGAUGCUCAGAGGUAUGGCCUACUCGACGAAAUUACUCAUGUUGUCGUCGAUGAGGUUCACGAACGUGAUAUUGAUACCGACCUCACUCUCGUUGUGCUCAAGCGUCUUAUCGCCGAUCGUCAAGCAAGGGGGAAGCCACUCAAGGUUAUUCUCAUGUCAGCUACCAUAGACUCCGAUCUCUUCCAAAACUACUUUGCUUCUGUCAACAACGGCGUACCUGCCCCAGUUGCUGAUAUACCUGGACGCUCUUACCCGGUGACAAAACACUUCCUCGACGACUAUCUCGAGGAUCUCAAGGCAGUGCCCGAAAGAGAAGGUGGCUGGGUGUGGAGAGAGAAGAAUGUCAAUGAGUACAUGAGAAAUGAGUUUAGAAGUGAAGUCGGUGGAGAUGAAAUUGAAAUACCAUACCCACUCGUAGCUUUAACGAUUGCACAUGUUUUGAGCUUCUCGCGCAACGCUGACGGCCAUCUGCUCAUCUUCUUGCCUGGUUGGGAUGAGAUUAAGGCUGUGCAGACUAUUCUGGAAGAGCAGCAACUCUGCGGUAUAAACUUCAACGACUCUUCCAAAUACUCAAUUCACGUGCUGCACUCAUCGGUGCCUGUCCAAGAGCAACAGAAGAUUUUUGAGCCGUGUGAAGACGGUAUCAGGAGGAUUAUUCUUUCAACAAACGUCGCUGAAACGUCAGUUACCAUUCCUGACGUAGUUUACGUCGUUGAUGCGGCCAGAGUCAAGGAGAAGAGAUACGAUGCGGAGCGUCACAUGAGUCAGCUAGUAUCGGCGUGGGUCGGCAAGUCCAACCUCAACCAGCGCGCCGGUAGGGCCGGUAGACACCGUGAGGGAGAGUACUAUGGUGUUCUGUCCAAGCGCAGGUAUGAGUCGUUAGCAGCACACCAGACUGUCGAGAUGAAGAGGGUAGAUUUGAGCGAGGUAGUGCUUCGCGUGAAAGCGCUUAACUUCCCCGGUCUCGAAGUCGAGGAUGUGCUAGCGCAGGCGAUCGAGCCACCAGCUCCCGAAAGGGUGAAGUUGGCGCUCGAUAGGCUCUAUCUGAUCGGAGCAAUUAAUAAGAAGAAGGAGCUUACGUCGCUUGGUAAGGUGUUGCUCCAGCUGCCGAUUGAAGCGCCUAUCGGCAAACUGAUACUAUAUGCGACCUUUUUCAGAUGUCUCGAUCCUGCACUCACUCUCGCUGCUAUUCUCACCAACCGGGAUCCGUUCGUCGCACCGCUUGAUCACCGCGCAGAAGCCAAUGCGGCGAAGCAGAAAUGGAGUCGGUUGGAGUACAAGAGCGACCCGUUCACCAUCCUCAAUGCAUACGAAGCGUGGUGGGCGCUGCAUAGCGCUGGGCGCCACUCGCAGGCGUGGGACUUUGUCAACGAGAAUUUCCUCUCGCGUGCCACUCUCUUGCAGAUCAGACAGGUCAAGGAGCAUCUCUACAAGUCGCUCGAAAGUCUCAAGCUGACUGACUUCAUGACGGCUGAUCCUGCACUCAACAAGUCCAAGAUCGGUGCUGAGAAGUUGCGCGCGAGGAGAGGAGAGUUGAUUGUACCGGAGUAUCUCAAUACUAACGCUCGCUCUAAACCCCUCCUCGCGGCUCUCAUCGCUAUGUCAUGCUCACCUAACUUUGCUCUCAGGACGGGCGAUCGCAAUCAUCGCAUGGCAGCUGAAAAGAGCGUAUUCAUUCACAGCUCUUCCGUUCUCCAUCCUAGAAACGAAAAGGAUGAAGUAGCCUACAAGAAGCAGAUGGAUCAUUUCAACAAGCACAUUGUCUCCUUCCAAGAAAAAACAAAGAAUAUCUCCAACCUCUCAGCAGGUCCUGGUGGGAAGGAGCCGCAAGUGAUGUUGCGGAUGUGUACGCGACUCGACUUGAUGGUGUAUGCCAUAUUCGGCGCAGCGGAGAUCAAGCUGGAUGACUACAGCGGGGACUAUGUGCUAGAUGACUGGGUGACGCUGUUCGGAGCCACACCUCAACUCGAAUCACUGCGCAGACUUAAGGCAAUGGUGCACUCGUGCAUGUUGCGCGCAUUCGAAGGUGUACACGCGGGUAGUGCACUCGAGCAGACGGAGAUGUACAAUGACGAAGAGGUGUAUAAGCUCGAUAACAUGCUGCUCCUUCAGAGUGAAGAAGAGGCUGAACAGAGCAACGAGGAGAAACUGUCACCCAAGGAGCAGGUGGAGCUUGAUGUGAUGGCUAACAAUGUCGUCUUCCUGUUGAACCAGUUUGCAAACGAUAAGGCCGAGCUGGAGGGUAAGGUAUUGCGCAAACAUGCUCCCUCGGCAGGCAAGAAGAAUGCUUCUAGUAGUAGUUACGGUAAUGGUAAUGGUAAUGGCAAUGGUAACGGUAAUGGUGGCUUCGGUAUCAAGCAAAUACUGAAAAGAUCUGCCCCAUCUGCUUCCAGCUAUAGCAGCAGACAGCCUAGUAGUGCGAGCAGUAGCAAUAUUAGCAGGGAGACAAGCAGAAGCAAUAGCAGACCAGCAGCUACAGGUUCUCGAGGAGUGGAAGCCUCUAGGUGGAGAUAG